AUGUCGACAGCGACGGGGUCAUUGCACUCACAAUAUCCAGUACAACUAGACGGCUCGUUAUUGCCCGGUCAGCAGCCACAAGAUGUGCAGCCGGCGCAACACAAGAGGGUUUAUCAGGCGUGUAUCCCAUGUAGACGACGCAAAGUGAAAUGCGACCUGGGAAGCGUCGAUAAUCCGGGCGACCCGCCGUGUGUACGAUGUCGACGAGAAAGCAAAGAAUGCUACUUUUCCGCGACGCGGCGCAAGAGAAAGAACGAUGAAGGAGAAGGCAGCCUCGAUGGUCUCGACUAUGGAGGAGAUGAUUACACAAUGAGGAACGGAAGAAAGCCCACGCAUGCUUCACCUCCACGACAAACAUCAAUGGUACCUCCUCCUUCACGACCGGCUGCUUCAGCUUCAUGGCCGGACAAUGCGCCGCCCAACCCAGGCCCUCCGUUGACACCAGGAGGCUCGAUUGGUCGACCACAGCCUUUACGAAGACCGACGACCUCCGGCAGAGACGAAAAUGGCCGGAACACGAGUGACGAGUCGGGCAAUACACAGCUGGAGAACCUCGAGGCGCAGGAGGUGAUGCGACGCGAGGUAUACGGGCCUCACGAUGCUUUAGACUUGCUAUACAAGGCUGCUACCAAUAGUCCUGGUCAUAUCAGAAGCGCCCGACCAAGUAGCAGUCAUAUGUCUCCUCUUGUAGCGGGUAACGUCCCAGGAAAGCAACAGCCAUCACCGCAUCUCAGCAAUAGCCAACCAUUUCAACCGAACUACUUACCCCCUCCAGGUAGAGACACCACGAUUGAUCCCACGCUGGGUGCUUCUGCACCAAAUGGAACUGCUACUUCACCGGAACAAGGUUACAAAAAUGCCAUCAAGGCAUGGGCAAGGUUCAAAUUUGUCAGGGCAGGUUGGUUUACCCCCGCGGAAGCUAUCGAGUACAUCAGCUACUAUUACACCUACCUCUCGCCUCUAACACCGAUUUCUCCCCCUACUUUUCAAGAUCCUGCGACACACCAUACACUACUCACCGAGGAGCCCAUCCUGACUGUCACGUUAUUAACGAUUGCAUCAAGAUAUAGGCAAAUACCUGGUGCGGGAAGCCAGUCUCGUUCAAAUGCAAUUCACGAAGAGCUGUGGAAGUACCUUCGUGGAAUGGUAGAACGGUGCUUGUGGGGUCAAGAGGCUUUUGGUGGUGGCUUCUGUGGAACAGAAGUGGGUACUGGAGAGGCCCAAACUUCUAGCACAGAGCCAUCAAGGGGGCUGAGAAAAGGCAGUCUUCGAACACUCGGUACUAUCGAAAGUCUCAUGAUCUUGACGGAAUGGCAUCCUCGAGCUUUACAUUUUCCUCCAGCCGAUGCAACAGAUGAGUUGAUGCUGCCUUCUUACGAAGGACCAGAUAAUAUCAGCACUGAUGACGAAAGUGGGCAUCGUUUACCUGGUGGAGUUGGCGGAAAGAGGAUCGAAGGUUGGCUGGAACCUGCUUGGAGAAGUGAUCGAAUGUGCUGGAUGCUUCUGAGCACCGGAAUGGGCCUUUCCUACGAGCUUGGUGUUUUCGACGAUAUAGAUGAUCUUUUAGCUACUAGCGGCGAAAUGACGAGACCAGAAUAUGAGGACGAAGCUUAUCGAUUGAGAGCCGCAAGGAUCAAGAGGCUUCUUCUCAUAUACGUCACCCAACUGGCUGGCCGGUUGGCAUGGACGAAUAUGGUUCCGGAAAAUUUAAGAGAUACAGACCCUGUGUUUGCCCCUAGAAAACGAAGAGCUUCGAAUGACGGCAAGACACCCGAUACAGCAACAUCAAUGUCUUUAAACAUCAAUUCGUUCAAUUAUAUACCGGACCUCGAUCUCGAUGAUCAGAUUAUUCAUUGCUGGGCUGGAAUUAGCAAUGCAAUGAGACUCGGCAAUGAGAAGCUCUUUCGAUCGAGGCACUUUACCACAAGGAUAAUUCAGGAUGGAAGCUACAUUGAGCUUUUGAAAGAAUUUCAACCUAUGCUAAGCGCCUGGAGACAAGAAUUUGAGCGAUUUCGACUACCUCCGUUCCAACGACAUAUUCUAUCCAUAGAGUAUGAGUAUGUUAGAAUCUAUGUCAACUCAUUGUCACUCCAGGCCGUUGUCGAACGAUGCACGAACAAUCCAAUUUCUCAUGUACAUGACGGAAAUCACGCAAAUAGCACUUCAGGUCCGUCACAUGGCGAGCUUUCACCUGAGUCGCGGAAUUACUAUGGAAAACUACCGCUCGCAAAACUUGGCAAUUAUGGUGCAGCCGAUCAGGGAUACGUACGGGAAGUUGUUAAUGGUAGUAGAAACCUCCUUCAAACAGUUGUAGAAGGGCUUCUGCCUGGUGGUUACCUCAAGCAUGCACCCGUACGGACAUAUUUCCGCAUCAUUAGUGGUGCCAUGUUUUUACUCAAGACGUUUGCACUCGGUGCCUCAAAACAAGAUGUCGAGAUCAGUAUUGGAUUGAUGGAUCGAGCAGUCAACGCUUUACGAGACUGCGUUGUUGAUGAUGUACAUCUGGGUAUACGUUUUGCAGAUCUUUUGGAGACGCUCACAACCAGACUCCGUAGUCGGUUUAUCAGCGCUACGAGGACACUACCGGGCGCGACGAACAACAAUAGUAAGAAUCUGCACAGUCCACGAAUGCAUCACGAGCCGGAUGCAAAGCGGAUGAAGGUAGACCACAAUGAACAGAUCCGCGAUUGGAAUGCUUCAACUCCAAACUUUGCCAAUAUGCCAAACGACACUGGAAUAUCAGCUACCCCAUUCGACCUUAAUCCGGGGCCAUUUUUUGGGCCUAGCACACCCUAUAGUCAAGCUGGUGGCUCAGCCUAUGGAGGUACGGGUACUCAUGCAGAUAUGUCUGAUGUCUUUGGCGGAGAUUGGAGUAGUGGCAACGAGAUGUGGUAUCUUCCACCAGGAGCCGCGUUCUUCCAGAACGUAAAUGAUUCAGCGAUCACACAAACUGCUGAGGGCGUCAACGUUGGCGGAAUGGAUUUGCUUGAUUACAUGACACUUGACAUAAAUCAGAUAGAUGGUUUCCAAUGA